AUGUUUCUCUCCUUCUUCUUCUUCUUCUGCGGCUUAGCGCUCAUUACUCAGGUGAAGGUAGAAGGAUGUCAGCAACCUAAGAACGUAUUUCUGUUGGCCGGACAAAGCAACAUGUCCGGGAGAGGAGGCAACCAUAACGACACCAACAACAUCGUCAAAUGGAACGGCAAAAUCCCUCCGGAAUGCGCUUCCAACAAAAACAUCCUCCGACUAAAUGCAAACGAGACCUGGGAGGAAGCCCAUGAGCCUCUCCACAAUGAUAUUGAUUAUUUGAAGACCUGUGGGAUUGGACCCGGGAUGCCUUUUGCGAACGCAAUCUUGGCCGCCAAAGACCCGAGCCUGAGGAGCAUUGGUCUGGUCCCCUGUGCUAUAGGAGGAACCAGGAUAAUAGAAUGGUCUCGAGGGACUAGAUUAUACCGGCGGCUGGUGGAUAGGGCAAAAGCCUCCUUGACUUGUGGGGGCAAAAUUCGGGCGCUACUUUGGUACCAAGGUGAGAGCGACACGUCACGGCAUGAUUCCAAGUUAUAUAAGGUCAGAUUGGAGAAAUUCUUCAACGAUCUCCGACAUGAUCUCAACCAUCCUAACCUCCCCAUAAUCAUGGUUGGAAUAUGCUCAGCAGAUCAAGGCCCAUUUAUGAAUCGUAUAAGAAUUGUUCAGCUGAAUUAUAAUGAUACAAAUGUGAAGGCUGUUGAUGCCAUGGGAUCAACCUUUAUAGCAGAUCAGAAGCACUUGGACACCAAGUCCCAGAUUCGCGUCGGUCAGAAACUGGCCGCCGCCUUUCUUUCGUCCUUUGCUCAUCCCCACUAG